UAGGUGUAAGCUCCUACGCCAGCAGACUUGAUACCGCAUUCCGGACUAAUAAUAUUUAUGUAACGAAACGCACUGGAAGGGCAAAGAAGUCGCAUAAAAAUAACAAUGGACACCUUAUCGAGAAAAUUGUAUUAGUGACACCCGGCAUUACACUUUUGAGCGUAUGCCAUUUCAGCAUUUGUGAUUUCCGAGACUUGGACGUUUAGAUUGUUUAACAAUCGACAGUUUCGGGACAACAUUUCGUUAGAUAAUUAACGAAUACCUUUGUUAUUUCUUUUAUCUGUGAUCGAAGAUCAAGUAACAAGUUCAAUCCAUUAGAUUAGAGAAAAUUUUAAUUACAAUAAUGGCUCGAGCAAUACCUGCUGGUUUAGAGGAUGAACCGUACUUCUCAAAAGAUGAACGUGAAUUAGAAGAAAUUGCUAGGCUUGAUGCAGCCAAUAAAUCAUGGAUGAAUUCUCUACAUCAUGUUUGGUCUCUGUGGAAAAAGAGUCCUGGUGUUGCUCGAACUUUGUGUGAAUACUUUGAAUCAGCUCCUAAUCCAUACUAUAGUGCAUUAAAAAUUUUAGUCAACACAAAUGAUUUUUAUAAAAUUAAACCAUCAAAUUCAUUGGCUUUAACUGUGAUGGAUGAGUUCAUGGAUUGGAUAAAACCAAUGAAAGAAAAAUAUAAGGAUUGUUUAGUAGUAGAACUUAAAAUUGCUGCUUAUAAAUUGGUUGCCAGGCAAAAGAAUGCCCAGCUUUUGAGAACAGUUUCAAAUGUGUAUGAAUUUGCUAACAGCAAAAAUUACUUUAUUCCAAUUACCAAAUUGUAUGUUAACGAUAAAAAAUAUAAGGAAGCAGGACAACUUGUGGAAUUGUGUCAGCUUCAAGAUGAAUUUUCUGAACCUGAAAUAUUAAUAUUGCCGUUAAUCUUACAAAAUAAAAAUUCUAUUGCUGAAGGAAUAAUGAAAAAUCACCCACAUCUUCAAAUGAAACUUGUAACAUUCCUUGACAAUAUGUUAGCUCCAGAUAAUAAUCCACAACAAAUCAUGGAUCGAUACAUAAUAGAUAAUAGUAUACCUGACGUACAGUUUUCAACUUACCAAAUAAAAUCGAUUGCCAGAUUAGUUGCACGUUUAGCAAAACAGUUUAAUCUUCCUCCAGAGGCAUGCCCAUAUUUACAUAAAAAAAGGGGGGAAGGAGCAGUUCAAUUUUUAGUUUAUAAACGAUAUGUUGAUUGUAGUUUGAGUGCUGACAGCUUCAGAGAAAUGGUCAAAGAAGCAAUUGGAGAUGAUACUAGAAUGCAAUUAAAUGUUGUAAUAACUCUUUCUGGUAAUGAUGUUCCUGAAGCAUAUAAUUUUGCAAAAUUUUACAAUAUACCAAAAUCUGAUUGGCCUCUACCCCUUACUAUCUAUGAAAAGGAUAAUCAAAAAACACAUACAGAUGACACUCGUCAAAUUUUCGAAGAGGAAUGUUGGGACGAAGAAGAUCGCACAAAUUACUAUAAUCUAUCUUUACCAAGAGAUAAAAUUCUUAUUGUUGACAAUAGAGAAGCUUUCAAAAACUUUCUUGGCAUUGGACUAUUUAAUGUAGAUAUUGUUGGUAUUGAUUCGGAAUGGAAACCUAGCUUCAGUAUAAAAAAACCGGAACUAGCUUUAAUUCAAAUAGCAACUCAAUCAAAUAUUUAUAUAUUAGAUGUAAUUAAAUUAGGACCUGGUAACCCAGACUUAUGGACAAAAUUGGGUACAAAUUUAUUAAACAACAAGGAUAUAUUAAAAUUAGGUUUUGGUAUUGCACAAGAUAUCAAUGUUAUUCAGGAAAAUUUACCUGCUUUAUCAAAUAUAAAAGUGUCCCAUGAUGGUUACAUGGAUUUAUCACAUUUGUGGAAAAGACUUUUAGAGGAGGACCAGUUUUCAUUUCCUUAUAAAGGAGACGAAAAUUUUACCAAUGAAAAUUUAAGUAAAUUGGUAGAAUUAUGUUUUGGUGCUAAGUUAAACAAAUCUAAUCAAUUUUCUAAUUGGGAAAGACGACCUUUGAGAGAAAAUCAAAUUAUAUAUGCUGCAUUAGAUGCUUACUGUUUAUUGGAAAUUUAUAAUACUUUAAAUCUACAAUGCAGACGUUUGGGAAUAAGUUUUCCAGAAGUAUGUAAUACUUUAUUCAAAUCUUCUCGAAAAUCGGCACAGCGAGAAAGAACCAAAAAGUCUAGGAAAAGUAACAACGCAUUUACGAAUCGUAACCCAUAUAAGAACUAUGGAGACAUCCUCCCUGAUCGAGCUGAGCAAAAUUUCAAAACCAUUAUCGAAAUUGAUCCACUUUCACGAAAAUUAAUAAAUGAAAAGGUUCGAAACAUGUAUGAAUGCAGUAAUUCAAAUAAUGUGCAGGAUUUCAAUCGCCACCAUUCGCCAGUGGAAGAAGCUACUUUUGAAGCCACUCUGCUUCACUCUCACGGAGAAAAAACAAGUAAUACAGAAGAUAAUCAAACAAGAACAAUUACAUCCAUAAGUUUUGUCUGUGAUUCAAUGUUUGGAGCACUUGCGAGACAACUCAGAAAGUGCGGAAUCGAUUGUUUUUAUAUUGCUAAUGAUACUGGAGGCGAGCAUAAUUUUAGAUUAGCUCUUGCAAAUAAAAGAGUUUUAUUAACAAGAAACGUAAAUUACAAAAAAUUUGCACAAUACUUGCCUUUUGGCCAUUGUUAUGAAGUGGUUGAACACAAACCAGUUGACCAACUUGUAGAAGUUUUGCAGCAUUUCAAAAUUAAAGUCAAAGAAUCAAAUAUUUUUAGUAGAUGUCAGGUGUGCAACACAAAUGAAUUCGUUUAUGUAUCAAAAAAUACUAUGUCCUUAUUAUUGCAACGUUUCCAAGCAAAAUCAGCCCAAAAGACCAACAGGGCUAAUAGUGAACCAGGAUUUUCCGGGGACAAUGCUGAUCAAAUAUGGAAUAACGACCAUCCCACACCCGAUCAAUUUAUUUGCCGUUCUUGGCGACUAUUUUUCAAUACCUUGAAUAUAUCCAAAUGUACGACGAAAUACAAUGUUAAUGUGCAAAUCGAUCAAGUUCCUCCAAAUGUUUUGCGUUAUGUUGAUAAAUUUUAUGUUUGUGAAGGCUGUGGAAAAGUUUACUGGUUUGGCUCUCAUAUGGAAAAAGCUUUAAACAGCUAUCUCGGAAAAAUUUUAACUUAAAUACUCUGUGAUAUUCAUUCAGAGCAUUACAUCUAUUUAUUAGUACAUGGUAUUCUUAAAUGUGCAAGUUAUUGAUAUAAAUGUAAUUUAAAUAAAAAUAUUUUAUUGAUAUAUUUAUAAUCAAAUACCACGAGCUCUAGCUUAAUACAUUUAAUAAUUUUCUGUACAAAUCAGUAUUAAUCAGCAAAUAUUGCUAUUCAUAUUCAAUAGUAAUGAACAAGAAAAAAGUAUCAUUUUUUUAAAAAUAAAACUUUGGGCUUAAAACAACUAUUUGGAUUAUCUAAUUAUCCAUUCAUUGAACUGUGUGAUUUUGUAAUAAAAUUGAUUAAUACUAUAAGGUACUGAGUAAAUGAAUGAAAGAUAAGAAUAUUUCUUACGUAAGUAAAUUAAAAUUUUAAACCAGUUCUUUAAAUUUUUUAAAUUAUUCAAUUUGAAAAAUUUAGGGUGAAAAAGUAACUAUGUUAGUGUUACGGACCCGUAUUUUCUUGCCCUACGGGUGCUACUGCCCAUGCACAAGCAGUGCCGAUCAGCUUAGCUGAUCGGGCACCCAUGAGCUUUGACUACCGAAAAACGGUGUACAAAGCUACGUGGCGCCAAACUAUAGGUUUGGCGCUGACGUUAAGCUCCGAAGGCGACUUUCGCAUCGUAGCGGCGCGUAAUGCAGCGUCGACUGACUUUUCGUUCGGUUGUUGCCUAGCAACGCCUUUUAUUGUUAAUUUGCUUUCCUUUUUCUUCUUUUCCCUUAGAUUUCAUUGUGCUUACAGAGAGCGACGAGGCAACACCAAAUAAAACAUUUUAUAAUUCAAA